GGAUUUUUUCGGGGGUGGGAUUGGGCCUGCCUUAAUGCGGAGGACCCCAUGGCGAACAAACCUGAGGUUUUCUGGGAGGUGUCCUGAUCGCUUUUCUGUAGUCGCGACUUUUUGUUUUGCCAAAAGGGCAACGAAAUAUAGCCGCAUAGUGCCAGCAAACGAAUCUGAGCGCGAGGAAGCGCUUGCUUCGAACAAUGUUUCACGAACAUGUCAUGACGUUCUGCAGGCGACUGCAGCAGGCGAUUGCGCAGUUCGAGGUCGACUACAAGCUGGUGCGCCUGGGAUUGGUCGCGACGGCGGCGCUGAUCGGCAUCGCGGUCGUCUAUUAUGCCUUUGUGGGCUACAGGGUCCGGUCUAGGUUCCAGCGGCUUCAGAAGCAGGGAGUGCCAAUGAUGCCGCACAACCCCAUCCUGGGCCACCUUCCGCUGAUGCCCAAGAUCCUGGCCGGUCUGCCGGCGGACGCGGCGACGCUGUUCCUGCCGUUGCAGAUCCAGGAGAACUGGCGGUCCGUGUUCCCCGAGAGCGUGACGGAGCUGCCGCCGGUCGUCUACCUCGACCUGUGGCCGCUCAUCCCGCCGACGGUCAUGAGCUUCUCGGGGGACGUCUCGGCGCAGUUCACGCAGGAGUUCAACCAGGUCAAGCUCCCGGACCAGAAGCGCUUCCUGAUGCCCCUGACGGGGACCCGCGACGUCUCCUCGGCCGAGGGCGACGAGUGGGUGAGGCGCCGCAAGGCACUCAACCCGCUGUUCAGCCCGCAGAACAUCAUGGCUUGGGUGCCGGAGCUGAUUGUCGAGCUAGAGGUGUUUCUGGAGGGGCUCAGGAGCAGGGCGGGCAAGGAAGGGGGUUGGGGUCCGAUGUUUAGGCUGCAGAGGCCGGUUCAGCUGUUCACGCUGGAUAUGAUCAACCACUUUUGUCUGAGCAAGCGCUUCCAUGAGCAAACCACCACAAUGAGCGUCGUGUCGACCGGCGUGCUCGACAUACUCUCACGGCAGGCCAUGUUUCUGCACAUUGGCAACGUCUGGGGCUACUACAGCCCCUGGCGACUGUUCAAGGUCUGGCAGCAGCAGCAGCUCAUGGACGACUUCUUCCUCCCUUAUGUCCGGAGGCGAUUCGACACCAGGGCCAAGGAGGACAAAGCGUCGCCGUCUGGCAACGACCGUAUCGACCUCCCGCAUGUCUUGUUCAAGGCGGCCGAGGCGAACAGCGCCAAGGAGGACCGCAAGCUCCAGUAUGUGGACGUGGUGCGGGACGUCAUGGGCGAGGCCAAGCUGAUGGUGUUUGCGGGCCACGACACGACGACGUUUGCGCUCACCAGCGCCAUCAAGCUCCUCUCGGAACACCCGGCCGCGCUGGAAAAGCUGCGCGCCGAGGUCGAGGAGGUCCUGGGCGACAGGCCGGCGGACAGGAUCAAGGAGGAGCCGCACCUGCUCAACCGGCUCGUCUACACCAACGCCGUGAUCAAGGAGACGCUGCGCGUGCACCCCAACGUGGGCACGCUGCGCAUCGGCGCCGAGGGCUUCAGCCUGUACGGCCCGCCGGGGAGCGGUCAGGAGGGGGUCGCCUUCCCUGUCGGUGGCUACCUGCUCUGGGACGCGACCUCGGCCAUCAUGCGCCACGAGGCGGUCUGGCCUCGCGCGCGCGAGUUUGUGCCCGAGAGGUGGCUGGUCGAGCAGGGGCACGAGCUCCACCCCGGCGAGUACCAGAAGAACUGGUACCGGCCGUUCGAGCAGGGGCCCAGGAACUGCGUCGGUCAGCCGCUGGCCAUGGCGGAGCUCAAGAUGGCGGUGGCCUGCGUGGUGGCCGAGUUUGACGUCGAGUGUGACUGGGAUGAGUGGGAUGUUGUUUGUGGUAAUGUCGGCCCUGCUGCCAAGAAGUUUACACACAAUGGCAACCGGCUCUACAUGGUCAACGAAGAAGGGCCGCCAAAGUUCAAGGAUGGCAUGCCGGUGCACGUGCGGCUCCGGUCGGGAAAGCAAUAAGUCAUGCAAACAUGGACGGGAAUCAAUCAAGUUUACGCCAGGAACCCGAGAUUCAGCCUGGUUGGGGGAAAAUACAUGGAAGAUCCAUGUACGGUUUGAAGGGUCAGAUUGGACGGUAUGAUUCCGAGUCUCUAAUUGGGCAACAGCAACCUAGGAUCAAGGUACUGUAGGCAAGCUCGGCUGGUUGUGCAUCUGGGCAAUCACGGUAUACAUAGUACAGACCUGGUCAUGACAUGAAGCUUUUGAUGAGAACCUAUUACUACUCGUGUGCAGCUGUCGCGAAUUGGCAUACAUAAUAUGCAGCCGCUGACAUGCCUGGAUAGGUAGGUAGCAACCGAGAGAGGUCAUUGGAGCACUUGGACAUGUUGUUAAUAAACGCGCUCGCUGUCAUCUGCCCGCUAUUCCGCAGUAGGCAAAGCUUGGGGAUGACCUUGAUUUGCAUCGAGGAACCCACUCAACGG